AUGAACAAACAAGUAGUUUCCAUUUGUCUCUAUUUGUCAAAACGGCUUACGAAUAACGUCAUAUACAACUUGCCAGCUUUCUUUCAACAGCAGCGACUAUUUGUGCACAGUAAUAAUAGCAAUAGGAGGAAUAGUAUUCCUCAAAUUUCUCGACGACCUAAAAUAUCUAAUAGGCAAAAAUUCAAGCAAAUUGAACCAAAGUUAUCUACCUUGAUAGAAAUUGAGAAUCAUGGAUUGGCUCGACGGCAUUAUUAUAAAGGAAAAUACGGGAAAAAAGUUUUUCUUAUGAAGAAGAAAAAAUUUGAAGAGUUCAGCAAAAAAACGAGUACAGAAGAGGACAUAGAAGGUCUAGAACUUCCGAGGUUAUCAUUCUUUGCGGGUGCACAAAUUCCUUCUUCUUUUCCUAAAGAAGAUGUACCAGAAUUAGCAUUUGUUGGACGUUCAAAUGUCGGCAAAUCUUCUUUAAUUAAUGCGCUUGGAGACACCACGACCGCUCGUACCUCAGAUAAACCUGGUCUCACUCAACAAAUCAAUUUUUAUGCAGCGGGGAAUAUUUUUAAUCUUGUGGAUAUGCCAGGUUAUGGAUUCGCGUAUGCAGAUGAAGAAGCUCGAUUGAAUUGGAAAAAACUGAUCGAGACGUACAUAUCAACCAGAAAAUCUCUCAAAAGACUUUACGUACUUUUAGAUGCACGACAUGGCAUAAAGAUCGCGGACAAAGAAUUCUUGAUGAUGGUAGAAAAGUCAAGAACUAAAUUCCAACUAAUAUUAACGAAAUGUGAUCUAGUACUCUCAAAAGAUAUCGCACGAAGAUAUCAAUUAAUCAAGGAAGAGCUCAAAAACUAUCGUUAUGCAAUAGAAACACCAAUAAUGGUCUCUUCGCGUACACGUGCAGGAAUCGAUAAAUUACGACGUGAUUUACUAUUUUUGGUGAACGGGUUAGAAAGAGCACGAGAAGUUUUGCGAUGGAAAAGAACAAAUAUUCAAAAUGAAUUAGAUCGUGCAAAGAGAGCUAAACGACAAUUGGAAUUACAGAAGAGUGCGAUCAAAGUUACCACGGAUCAGAUAAAAAAGGCUUUAGAAAAUUCAAAAGAAAGAUCGAAAAAGAUUAAAGACGCAAAAGCAAAGAAAUUAAAAAUGGUAAAGACAAGAAAGUAA